UAAAUGAUUGUGUUUUUGUGCACAACGUAAAACAAAAGUCGAUGAACUUUGUUUAUGAGAUCGAAUCGAAUGAGAGAAAUCGUGUCUGAGGCUCUCUUAGUUAGUGCGCCAAAGAGCGUCAAUAAAAGAGUGUUCGAAAUGUAAAAAGAAUAAGGGAAAUAUAAAUAAAUAAAUAUUAAGCAUUGUUGUUGUUUUUGCCUUCAGAAUAAGAAGCAAAGUGCGUGCGUUGCGAGUUUUUUGCAAGUGUUUUUCAAUCAAAAAUCUUUUUCAGUUUUUGCCAAACAAAAAUUUCAAAUCGUUUUACCACCCGCCACCCCCAUAUAUCCACAAGCUCCUCCAACCAAUAGCUAAUCCAACACCACCCCCCUCAUCCCACAGUCUAUAUAUUAUUUAUAUAUACAUAUGCAUAUAAAAAAGCAAGCAAAUUGAAGUGCAAGCCCCAAAGGCGAGUGUUGAGUAAAAUUGCUUUCCCAAAAGCAGAGCAAAAGCAAAAAUGAAAGCAAAGCAAAGCAAAAGCAAAAGCAAAUGCAUGAAUGAAAUCAAAAGCGUAUGCAAUUGAAGAUUAGUGCAAGUGCAAUGUUUGUGACAAUAACAACGACGUUAACUACGGCAACGAAAAUGCGUAAUCAACGACAACAACAGCAGCAGCAGCAACAGCAGCAGCAGCCACAACAACAGCAGCAGCUACAACCAGCAGAGCAACAUCAACAGCAACUACAACUGCAACAAUCCAUAAAAAUGUCACGAACUUACACGAAUGAUUGCAACGCAUUGAUGAGAUCGAAAACCUUAAGCUGGAGGUACAACGCAUGGGCAUGCAAUGCGCGGAUGCGAUGCGGCGCGAGAAGAUUCUUAUGCGACGUCUGGCAAACAAGGAACAAGAAUUUCAAGAUUACGUUAGUCAAAUUGCCGAGUAUAAGGCACAGCAGGCGCCAACGGCUUUGGCAUUGCGCACUGCCCUACUCGAUCCUGCUGUCAAUUUGCUGUUUGAGCGUCUGAAGAAGGAACUAAAGAAUACCAAGGCAAAGCUGGAAGAGACACAAAAUGAGCUGUCGGCGUGGAAAUUCACACCCGACUCGAAUACGGGUAAACGUCUGAUGGCCAAGUGCCGCCUGCUGUACCAAGAAAAUGAGGAAUUGGGAAAAAUGACUUCAAAUGGACGGCUGGCGAAGCUUGAGACUGAAUUGGCCAUGCAAAAAAGCUUCAGCGAGGAGGUCAAAAAAUCACAAUCAGAGCUGGACGACUUUCUGCAGGAGCUGGAUGAGGAUGUGGAGGGCAUGCAGAGUACGAUAUUGUUUUUGCAACAGGAACUUAAGACGACAAGAGAUCGCAUACAAACGCUCGAGAAGGAAAAUGUGCAGCUAAAGCAAGCGAAUAAUGGUGUCAGUCAAAAGACUGCAACAGACAAUGCGGCAAUAACAACAAAUGGCAAUGUUAACAAUGUUAACAACGGCAACAACAACAGCAAUAGUAGCAGCAAUCUCAACAAGCUGGAUACCAUCAAUGAAAGCGUAGAAGAGAACGGCACUGAGUUCCACACACACGACGCCAACAACGAGCAGAGCAACAACGAAGCGGCACAGUCUGCGGCCGACAAUGCGGCAGCGCGUCUGGCACGCAAACGAAACUAUGAGGAGGAGGAGAGUGCACCAGUUGUUGUUGCGGUGACGGGCGUGCAGGAAUUGCCCGCGUUGCCAGCGAUGCGUGAGGUUAGCACGCCGCGCACACUGCCGCCCAAAAAGUCCAAACUGCGUGGCAUUGCCACCAGACGCAGCUCACAGCUGGAUGAGGAACAGAGCAUGGUGAUAACUGCAACAACGACGACGACAGCAGCAGCAACAAUAACGCCGCCGCAGGUGCUGGAAAAUGUGGUCAUUGUUAGCGAAGAAGCGGCGGCAGCAGCAGCUGCGGCAACAGCAAAUACUGCAGAACAAGCGACGCCUGUGGACAUGGAGGCCAAUGCUGAUGCACAAUCCGCAGCGCCAGCGCGUAUUCUAACGCGUCGCCGAUCUGUGCGCAUGCAGCAGAACGGCGGCGGUGUUGGUGGUGGGGUUGAAUAUUAAGUUUAAUUUUGGCAGCUAACUUUUGCAAAAAGUGCGCUAAACUAAUUCAUAAAUUUUAUAUUUUUAUAAUUUUAUUAUUUUUGCAUGAAUUGCAACGUUGACUUCUGACGUUUAUAUUGUGAAUUGAGAUUUAUUAGAGAGACUUGUGUUUAACUUUAUAUUUUCAUAUAUAUACUUUAAUAUUAAAACCCGCAACACAUUUGUAAAAUACGUUAACAGUUUGUUUAUGCCCAUGCUUGCAGCAUAUUUACACUAGUAAAAGUCACUGAUCUAUAUAUAUAUACAUACACAUAUAUGGUGUAGUUAUCAUUUUAACAAAAUCAUUAAGUUCAUACAUUUUGAUAUACAUAUGUAUAUUAGAAAAUGUCGGUUGCAAAAAGCUGAAAGUUCGAAAACAAAAAAUCUUCUAGCUAAAUUAGCAUUAAAUUUUAAACUUAAGGCAUUUUUGUAAUACGAAAACU